AUGCGAAGAGUGGCCCGCCAGCACGCCAACCCUAUCGCCCUGCGCUUUGCUGGCGUUCUGGCCCUCAUCAUUGCCGCCAUUGCUUUCCUGACUGCGUUUUGGACCGUCAUCACCGCGACGAAUAACAAGGGUACAACGGUGCAAACAUUGGCCAUUGGCAUUGUCUAUGGCUGCCAGUCCAACGACGCCACGGGAUCUGGCAGUGUUGCCACCUCUUGCUCACCCGGGCAAUGUAAAUCGCACUGCGCCUUUUCGCAAGUUGCAGCCGCUUGUCUUGGCCUUUGUGUGGCCACGACGUUAAUCGCUCAGUUUCAGGCCGGGCAUCGGGCCAAAUAUGACUCGCUGCGCGUCUCUCGGUGGCAACACCUUUCCCACCUGUCUACCCUUCUUGCAAUAGCCGUGGCCAUUGUCACGUGGCUUCAGUUUCAUCACGCCGUGCAGCAAAACGUUGGCCAGUACAUUUCCCUUACCAACUCCUCUUCCAGCUGGACCACGGCAACGUCUGCUUCGGUUUCCCUUUCCUGGUCUUUCUGGCUCCUGCCUGGCAGCGGCGCAUUGUGCCUUCUCCAAUACGGCUGGCUCUGCCUCACGCGCUGGUAUGCCACCAGCGAAGAGCUUUUCCUGGCCACCCUCCGCGAACAAGCGGGAAUUCCCAGAGAAGAUGUUCUCGAAGCCCUCCAGCUGCGGCUGCGCCGUGAUCGAAAGCGUAAACCCCCGCCCUAUCAAUCCCCAAGCUUCCUUCUCCUCUGCCGACCUCCUUCCUAUGCCCUUGCUUCCCGCCUCAAGGGCCCCCUCCAAGCCAGACCUGCCGACCCCGCUAUCUACGCCACCAUCCCGCCUCCCUUGUUGCCCCCAGCCUACAUCCACGACCCCCGUCGCCGUGGCAUUGUCUCCGAUCGCGAGCUGCAGUUUCGUCAAGGUGCACGAGACGCCAUCAGCUAUCAAGAAGAGGCGCAGCUUCUCACCCGCAUCAUCGAAAACGAAGGUCGCCGUGCACAUCAGCCUGCCAUUUCGCCAGCUACCACACGAUCACCGGCUUUCUCAAAUCACGCUUCUCAACCUACUCGAAAUCCAUCGGGCCCCAUGAUGCGGGGACCUCCAGACGCACGGCUGCCCAUUGCCUCGGGUCGUGCGCCCAUCUCCCGCUCAGGCUACGCCCCGUCCGUCCUUCGCCACACGGCAUACAGGGACUGUCCCGCUGCACCUGGCUCCGUGCCGACCUCACAGUCCCGAGAACGACUCGCACGCUCCACAUUGGCCACCCAGCGUCCCACUAUCCGUACCCCAACAACCACACCAACGUGGCGCCUUCAGCUGUCUCAACCCCACCUCACAUCCACAGUGCCUGGCCCUCCCAUCAGGCAUGGACCUCAUGGCCCGACAACGGCAUACCCGGAUCAUGCUCCGUCAGCGUUUUUUCGUGCUUUUGAGGCACGCACCUUGCCAGCGUUUGACCCGUCCAUGUUUGGUGAUGAGGACUCAGCAGGGAUCGACCCGGAUGAUCUCGACGCGCUAGCACACGCCACCCAUGCGGCCGCACACCACGAACAUCAUUCCACUGGGCUGGGUGAGCGCGUCUCCCAUAUAUUUCAGAAUAUCGGGCGCAACCUACGCGGUCAGACAGGCUAUCAGGCCUUACCAACCGUGGAUGACACGGCGCUAUCGAGCGACCCUGCUUGCUCGCCACAGCCUUCGGUGUCUUAUGACUCCGAUUUCGAAGAUGAUGAGGCAGAGGGCCCUAGCUCCACAAACGCCAGCCACGCCAUCAUCCCUGCCACACGAUCAGGGCCCCCCAUUCCUCCCAUCAACGAUGACGAUGGCGACGAUGAUGAACCCAUGAUCGAUCUAUCUGCCUGA